AUGAGCUACAAGGCGGAAUACAUCUGGAUCGACGGGCAACAGCCUACGGCCAAGCUGCGGUCCAAGGGCAAGAUCGUUCCCGACGGGGAGGCUCCUCCGGUUUGGGGAUUUGACGGCUCCAGCACCAACCAGGCGCCCGGCGAGAACUCGGACUGCGUACUUAACCCGGUUUUGGUGGUGCCGGACCCGGUGCGGGGCGGCGGCAACAAGCUGGUGAUGUGCGAAGUGCUGCUCACAGACAUGUCGCCCCAUCCGACCAACACCAGGGCCGGCUGCGCCGCCGCGGCGCAACAGUAUGCGGGCUUGGACUGGUGGUUCGGAAUUGAGCAGGAAUACACUUUCUUUGACGGCAUCAAGCCUUUGGGCUGGCCGGACAACGGGUUCCCCGCACCCCAGGGCGGCUACUAUUGUGGCGUCGGUUCCGACGAGGUUUUCGGCAGGCCCGUGGUGGAAAAGCACAUGGACGCCUGCCUGGAGGCCGGACUGGCGAUUGCCGGCAUCAACGGUGAGGUCAUGCCGGCGCAGUGGGAGUUUCAGAUUGGCCCGAUCGGCGCGCCUGCCGUAGGCGAUCACCUGUGGCUGGCCCGCUGGCUGCUCUACCGCAUCGGAGAGGACGUGGAGACCGUUGACGGACGCAAGGGCAUCAGCGCGACCCUUGACCCCAAGCCUGUGAAGGGCGAUUGGAACGGCGCCGGGGCCCACACCAACUUUUCCACCAAUCGAAUGCGGGAGGACUUCGACGCCUGCGUCGCGGCGGCGGAGGCCUUGCAGGGGCGCCACGACCUGCACAUCGCCAACUAUGGGCACCGAAUUGAAGAGCGGUUGACCGGUCUGCACGAAACCUGUUCCUACCGGGAGUACCGCUACGGCGUGUCCGACAGGGGCGCUUCGGUUCGUAUUCCCUGGCAGGUGGCCCGGGACAGGAAGGGCUACAUUGAAGACCGCCGCCCCAACGCCAACUGCGACCCCUACACCGUGACCCGGUUGAUCAUCGAGACCGUGGGGGCCGCUGCCGCUGCCUAG